GAAACUGGGUGCACCAACAUGCAGGGUGGGUUCUGAGUAUAAAACUGUUGGGUGCCUCCCCCAGCACCCUCCUCCCAAGCACCUCCCUUUUAAUAGAGCCCAGCAGGGCUUUAUCAGCCAGUGCCUUCUGCCUGGGGAGCCAGCUGCACUUUAGAGAAAACUGAGCACCUCUCACCACUUAGAAUCAAAAAGUACCUAAAAUAAAGAUUAUUAAAGGAAAGAUGAAUGGACGGUCUUUGAUUGGCGCCGCUGGUGACGCCCCUCCUGGUCCUCUUUGGAGGGACCCUUUUGGAAAAAAAGCUGGUGAGGCAGCGCGCAGAGGCUUCCCCUGUCUAAUCUCAGCCCUGGCUGAUGGGCCAGCAGAACAGGAGCCAGAGGAAGAGCUAUCCAUGGAGGACAGUCCCAGCAUUGUUAAAAUGGACCAGGGUGGAAAUCCAGGUUCACCAUGUCGAGGGAGAAGAUGCUUCCCCAAGGCACUUGGCUACAUCACUGGUGAUAUGAAAGAAUUUGCCAGCUGGCUUAAAGACAAACCCCAGGUGCUCCAGUUCAUCGACUGGAUUCUUCGGGGCAUAUCCCAAGUGAUGUUUAUCAGCAACCCCAUCAGUGGAAUCUUGAUUCUGGUGGGACUCCUGGUCCAGAACCCCUGGUUGGCUCUCAAUGGCUGUGUGGGAACGGUGGUCUCCACCCUGACGGCCCUGUUACUCAGUCAGGACAGGUCCACCAUUGCAGCAGGGCUCCAUGGCUACAAUGCCACCCUGGUAGGCAUCCUCAUGGCUGUCUUUUCAGACAAGGGAAACUAUUUCUGGUGGCUGUUGUUCCCUGUGUGUGCUAUAUCCAUGACUUGUCCAGUUUUCUCAAGCGCAUUGAACUCCAUGUUCAGCAAAUGGGACCUGCCUGUCUUCACUCUGCCCUUCAACAUGGCGUUGUCAAUGUACCUUUCUGCCACGGGACAUUACAAUUCAUUUUUCCCAAGCAAAUUGUUGACACCUGUAACCUCAGUUCCCAAUGUCACCUGGUCUGACCUCAGUGCCCUGCAGUUACUGAAGUCCCUGCCCGUGGGUGUUGGUCAGAUAUACGGCUGUGAUAAUCCGUGGACAGGGGGCAUCUUCCUAGGUGCCAUCCUCCUCUCCUCCCCACUCAUGUGCCUGCACGCUGCCAUCGGGUCACUGCUGGGGAUAGCAGCAGGGCUCAGUCUUUCAGCUCCAUUUGAGGACAUCUACUCUGGACUCUGGGGUUUCAACAGCUCUCUGUCCUGCAUUGCAAUUGGAGGAAUGUUCAUGGCGCUCACUUGGCAAACCCACCUGCUGGCUCUUGCCUGCGCCUUGUUCACAGCCUACCUUGGGGCCAGCAUGUCACACCUGAUGGCUGUGGUUGGAUUGCCAUCUUGUACCUGGCCCUUCUGUUUGGCCACACUGCUGUUCCUCCUGGUGACCACGAAAAACCCCAACAUCUACAGGAUGCCCCUCAGUAAAAUCACUUAUUCUGAAGAAAACCGCAUCUUCUACCUACAAACCAAGAAAAGGACGAUGGAAAGCCCUUUGUGAGCACAGCCCAAUCCACAGCCAUGGUCACAAGUCAUUUCUGACUACCUGCCCCAGUUGACUUCCAGGGUCUCAAAACUGUUGUUUUUACCAGUAACGAAUUCUAUACUAACCCAUCAGUGAUCUGUUUUUAUGCUCAUUUUGUAUUUUUCUUUCUUUCUUUCCAGAAUAUCCCCAAACAAGUGACAGACACAUCAAGGUGAUGUGCUCUGGCUAUGGAACAUUAAACCCUCGUGGGGCGUUGGCACUAAGACUGUGCUAUAUAAAGUCAGAGCGGUCCAACAGAAAGAGGAAGUAAGACUAAAGCUAAUUAUUGAUAUUUAUUGAUCUUCUUGGUGUUUUAGUUAGCUACAUGAUGUUAACAGUAUUAAAAAUUAAUCUAUGUAAACCAACUAAGCCUUAAGUGAAUGGAAUGCAUAGUCACAAAAUCAGAUCAAAGUCAACCCUGAAUUCCAAUAUAAGCCACUGGCUUAUUUAUAAUCAGUGCAAGUUACACCUUAUAGCUGUGGUCGACAUGGCAGGGCUGGUCACUAGGCUCUUUCCCCAGCUCUCAGUAGAGCGGCCUCCGACCUGUUCUACCUGUGUGGCCUUCUCUUACAGGAGAUGGUUUGUUCGUCUCAGUCUGGCAUAGCUACGGGAGGGAGAGUGGGAUCCUGCCCAUUAAAUUGAUUCUGUCUUGUCACUUUUCUUGGACAUUGCAAAGGACUUUUUUCAGCAGAGUUUAUUAUCUUUUUCUUAUGAGAACAGAUUGGUUUUCAAUGAGGUAAAAUAAGAGAAGUUCCUGGCUUCAGCAAUUCCUAAAUAUUAAAGAAAGCUACAUUUUUCUAAAAGACCUAGCAUAGCUAUUUUUACUUUAAUCUCUAAACUCAUUUUGUAAAUUCCAUGAAAGCAUAGAAUCAAAUCGUCACCCUCUGAGGGCCCUUUUAAGUCACGUUUUCAAUUCAUUGGAAGAUGCUUUAUGUAUGAUAAAGCCUGAAAGAUAAUGCCAGAUUGUUUCUGGGAAGUUUAGAGGUUGUUGAAUUCUUACUUUAAAAAUAUUCACUGGUGUUCCCGUUGUGGCUUAGCAGAAACAAAUCUGACUAGUAACCAUGAGGACGCAGAUUCAAGACCCGGAGGCCUUGCUCAGUGGGAUAAGGAUCCAGCAUUGCCAUGACCUGUGGUGUAGGUCACAGACACAGCUAGGAUCCUGUGUUGCUCUGGCUGUGGUGUAGGCCAGCAGCUGCAGCUCCAAUUCAACCCCUAUCCUGGGAACCUCCAUAUGCCUUGGGUGUGGCCCUAAAAUAAAAAAAAAUCCCUAUUUCUGCACGCACACAAUAUUCUCCCUCAGAAACCAAUGGUAUUGAACCACCAAAAAGAAAUACAGGUAAAGGAGUCUCUGGUUUGGUUUUGUUUGUGUAUGUUAUCAGCCCUAUAAAGAUUCUGUAACCAAACAAGCGGAAACCAGCAGUGGGAAGCUUUGGAAUUUCAGAGGAUUGGAAAGAGAAACUGGAAGCCUAAAGGUUUUUUCCUCUUUGGGAUUGAAGAACUCAGAACAAAAUAUAUAAUUUGCUGAAUGAACAAACAGAAGAAGGGAAGUAAACCUACAAACAUUUUAGAAACAAGUUCCCUUCUUCAUUUUCUCAGGAAAACACUGUCCCAAUUUUAAAACCCUGUGGCCAAAAGCCUUUUGAAAUCAUGACUUUGCAACUGCCAUACAGUCAUAUAUGUUCCUGUGGAAAAACUAAAUCUUAUUAGAGAAUUUGUGAAAUAAGAGUUGUGGUGCCCGGGUGGGAUGGGGCUGGGGGGACAAAAAAGCAAGCAGAUCCAAGGAUCACCAGGAGCAGAGAAGCUGGACUGCAGUUGAGUGAAAGGGAGCCUUUCAAGGUCUUCAAGUCCAUCUUCAGAACAAAGCUCUAGCCAGCUGAUCACACAUCCUGUUCCUGUGAGCUCACAUAGACUUGUAAAUAGGAACAUUGUAAAGCCUGUACAUUGUCUAAUUUAAAUGGUAUUAAUUUUCGCAAGCUAUUUUUGUUACUAAGUAUUAUACUAAUAAUUUUAGUGAGUAUUUUGUUGAUUUUCUUAGGGAGCAUUUGUAUUCUUUUCUAUUGCCUGUAUAACAAAUUUCUAUGUAAAAAUGUGAAUAAAUUAUACUCAUAGCUCAA